AUGCUAGGAGUAUCCCGUUUCACGCAAGUGAGGGACGGGAUUCGAAGUUCUCUCCUACGUCAACGAUCGAAGAUUAGAGACGCCGCCGUGUUUGCCAAGGAAAGUAAAAUAAGGUGGGCCGGACACGUGAUGCGCUUUAAUGACAACCGUUGGACCAGAGCCGUGAGCGACUGGGUUCCCCGCGAUAUUAAGCGCACUACAGGAAGACCGCCGACCCGAUGGUCAGAUUUCUUAACGAAGUCCUUCAAAGAAAAAUAUGAUGCUCUUCGUUUCCCACUCGAAAGAAGGAACCACUGGGAUACUCUGGCACGCGAUCGGGACAAAUGGAAGAAUUACUGGCGCCCGCUCGACCAGUUCGAAGAUCAACGGGAGUCAAGAUUGUACUACUUAAAACCAGAGGGAGAAGAGGACCCACUGGCGCAGCUCUUGCACGCUUUCGGAACAACUCGAGCAAAUCGAACAACAAAGGGAAAAGAAGAAGACCAUCUCUCAAUAAUGUGUGAGAAAGAGAUCACAGCGAAGGAUCGCGCAGUUCUCAACCAUAUUUUGAACCCGUUAAUGCCGAUGGAAGUAGCGGACAUUGACGGCGGAUCUGGGCUUGAAGACGUUCCAAUCACUGCUACUGGCAUCGAAGAAUCGCGAAACUUGGAGAAGGAGGGAGUUCGCCUCGCUGAAACCGGUCAGCUGGACGCAGCAAUCCGAAAAUUCUCUGAAGCAAUAGAAAAAUGUCCGAUGAAUCCUUCAGCAUACAACAACAAAGCACAAGCGUUACGGUUAGCAGGGAAGCCAGAAGAAGCGCUCACCGAUUUGGAACAAGCCAUAAUUAUCAGUAAGGGCACUGGAAAAAGUGCUUGCCAAGCUUUCGUGCAGCGUGCAAUGAUCCAUAGGCUUCGCGGAGAGGACGACCUUGCCAGGGCAGACUUCCAAAAAGCCGCAGAUUUUGGAUCGUCCUUCGCAAAAAUACAAAUGGUGGCUCUGAACCCGUACGCUGCGAUGUGCAAUAAGAUGCUGAGUGAAGUGUUCAACAAUCUCAAGGAAGGAAAAUCUGAAUGA